AGGAGGAGGAGGAGGAGGAAGCUGCAGAGUUACUCUCAUACUCGAACACCAUGAUGGGAUUUACACCGCCGGAGUUUGGACCCUGAAUCGGUGCUGAUUAUAGAUCCACAAAUACUAAAUCAAAGUCUGAAACCAUCACAAUGGAUAACGUCCAAUCAGAAGACUUGAUUCAAGAGGGGGCAGGGCUUGCAGAUGCCCUUGGCAACACAGAUCCCAACGCUAACUUAGGGGCGGAGCCUAACUUCAACCUCAAUCUCACUCUGACUUCGCAAAGCAACCCCCGCCCAAGCAAAAAAGGAGGAGUGGCUAAAGAUGAUUCAUCGAGACAAAAAAGUAAAAUUCCAGCUUUGUGUCUCACACCGACUGCCGAGCAUUUGCUGAAAUCCCCAAAUCCAAAAUGUACCUCCACUCUGAACCCCAAGACACAUAGCAACAUUGCGUUAAGUCCAAAACCCAACCGGUCGGAACAAUCAACCAUCGCAACCAGCCAGAGAACAACCGAAAAAAUCAAAAGUCAGUCCUUACAGGGAUCAGAUCCUGUCUCAAACCACAAAUCACAUGUUUCACUGACAACAAAGACUACAAACAAAGUAACAGGGAGCCUAAAGAUGCCGACACACGAUACCCAGUCGCCAAAAAUGCUUCAACUUCCCAUAACCCAGGACUUCCACAACCAGAAAGAGGAUACAAACAGUCCAAAACUCGCCAAUCAAACCCCAAUUAGCACUAAAGCUCAAAAACAAGACCCAGCAAGGCAAGAAUCAAGAACCCAUAGUUCUGAGAUGCCAAAAUCUCCGAAUCAAAAGGCGGAGAUGGUUCUGCUGAGUGCCAAGAAUCCUCAACCGAGUUCUGUAAGUCCCAAACCAUCAACACAGAGGAACUCUUCUGGAACGAGAAGCAGAAACACAUCAGGGUCUAAGGAGAAACCGGAGGGUAAAGAUUCAAGUGUUGGUUCAAGAUCAAAAACCAGUACAAAUGCCAGUCCUGACCCUAAAACUGCAACGGGGUCCAAGGAGAGCCUGGAGUCUAAGAGCCGUUCUGCUUCCAAAACCAGUUUGGGAUCAAAGGACAGCUUAGACUCCAAAACUGGCAUCAAUUCCAAAGCCAGUCCCCUUUGUAAGUCUGGGACAGGUUCCAGAGAUAGCCUUGAUUUUAAAACGGCUACUGAAAUCAAAGUGAGCAAAAACAGUCCAGAUUCUAAGACAGCUGUGGGUUUGAAAUCUGGCAUGGGGUCAAAGGACAACCUGGAUCUUAAACAUCCUUCAAACUUUCAAGCCAGUUCCCGGUUGAAACCUGGUCCGACCCGUUCAACUUCUAAACCUUCUCUGGUUGCCUCUAAGACGGACCUUGUUGAAUCUGCGACCCACUUGACUUCUAGAACCGGAUCCAAAGAUCUCAAACUCAACGAAGCAAGCUCCAGUGCUAAAACUACUCCAGAUCCUAAAGCUGAUUUAGAUUAUUCUAACUCUGGACCAGUUCGGUCUAGUUCAAAGUUGGCUCUGGCAGAUUUGUCUCCCUCUUCGUCGCUUCCUCCGAGACCAAGUCCAGGAAAUAGGAGUCCUGCUUACGGUUCUGGCAAAACUCUUGGUUCUAGUCCAACUGGACCAACAAGGGAAGUCCUGAAGAGUCCUGGUUCUGCUCAAGGCCUGAUGGCUCCUUUGGCAACCUCCAGCCCCAAAAUCAGAACCACCGUUUCCCUGACGAUGACACGAGCAUUCGCACCAUGUGUCACUGUGGAAACAAACACCAGCAAGACAUCCCAUUAUACCAGCCUGUCUCGGGGUCUCACCUUUGACUCUAUAACGAAGACAUCCACGAGGCAUGUCGACAAUGAAGAAAGGGUGGAUGUGAUGAUACACAGCCCCCCACCGAGUCACCUGGGAGACAAAAGUACCAACAACGCUCUACCGUCAAGGGGUGAGGAAAGUAGGAAGCAAGAGAAAGGUGAACAGAAAGAUGGUACUACAUCUACCCUCCAUUUUCUACCUCCAGUGAGGUCUUUAAGGGAGAAAGCGACCAUGACUGACCCGAGUUUGGGGCUCCAUUCCUGGGGAGGUGAGCGCAGAAAUGUGGGCGUCCAAGUGGAGGUUGAACUCUUGACUUCCAACGACUCAAGUUUGCAAAUGGGAGUUCCUUCCUCCAGUAGUUUGAUCUCACCAACGAUGGUCCAACACAUUUGCAAGAUCGAUAUCGAACUUAGCAGCCAAUCGGUGUCUGAAUCUGUAGAAACCGAUCGCGCAAGUUCCCUUCCCGCCUGUUUGUGUACGUACAGCUUCCAGGAAAACCCCGAAAUCACAUCGGAGCUACGACUCGGACAAAACCAAGGCGUUAGCGUCGAGAGCUUCUGGGAAGAGGAAGUAGGAAGGGAGAAAACUGAGGUGGAAGUGGAAGUAGAGGAACAGGAACAGGAAGAUGUUGGGAGGCCUCAGAAUGUGGCGUGGGACGACCAGGGAAGAACUUGGGAAGUUUACGGCGCCUCGGUGGACCUGGAGUCUUUGGGAACGGCGAUCCAAUCCCAUCUGGAGUCAAAGAUCCGGGAGCAGCAGAAACACAUCCGGACUCUGAGGCAGUCUGUCUGCUCCGAAAGCAGCCCCAGGGUGUACCGGAUGAGGAAGAGGAGGGCAGGGAUGCUGGGAUGCUGCAGGAAGACGCCCAACGUGGAAGAAUGACACGAGUCCGGAAAGUUAAAAAAAAUCCUUCAUAAUGAAGACUUUGAAAAGGUGUUCGCAUUUAUGUGUACAGCACAUUAUAUGAUAGGCCUGCACGUAUUUCCACUGUAUGUAUUAUUAAAAGUAGAGUAGCGAUAAGAAAGUAGAUAAUGCAAAUCCUGGAAUGAUUGCAGUGUGAAUGCUGGAUUCUGAUAAGCUUAAUUCAAACGUUUGGAUGAAUUAAGGUUCAUAUUUCUGGAAUGAUGAAAGUUAUGAAUGUCUUAUGAGUAAGAGACGCCAAAUAACACCAAUUAUAGAGGCUCAUGGUCACAGUUACUUCCAGGUCGGU